GAUGCUACAAAUCCAAAUUAUGAAAUUAUGUGUAUGAUAAGAGAUUUCAGGGGAAGUUUGGAUUAUAGACCACUGACAACUGCAGAUCCUAUUGAUGAGCACAGGAUAUGUGUUUGUGUGUGAAAACGACCACUCAAUAAAAAAGAAACUUUAAUGAAAGACCUUGAUGUAAUAACAAUUCCUAGUAAAGAUGUUGUGAUGGUACAUGAACCAAAACAAAAGGUGGAUUUAACAAGGUGCCUAAAAAACCAAACUUUUUGGUUUGAUUAUGCCUUUGAUGAUGAAAUGGUUUACAGGUUUACAGCUCGACCAUUAGUAGAGACCAUAUUUGAAAGGGGAAUGGCCACUUGCUUUGCAUAUGGACAAACAGGCAGUGGAAAAACCCAUACUAUGGGUGGUGACUUUUCAGCAAAGAACCAAGAUUGUUCUAAAGGAAUAUAUGCACUUGCAGCUAGAGAUGUCUUUUUAAUGCUAAAGAAGCCAAAUUAUAACAAGUUAGAACUUCAAGUAUAUGCAACAUUUUUUGAGAUCUAUAGUGGUAAGGUUUUUGACUUGUUGAACAGGAAGACAAAAUUAAGAGUGUUAGAAGAUGGUAAACAGCAAGUCCAGGUGGUGGGAUCACAGGAAUGGGAAGUCAAAUGUGUUGAAGAUGUUCUUAAGCUUAUUGAAAUAGGCAACAGCUGCAGGACAUCCGGUCAGACAUCUGCAAAUGCACACUCAUCUCGAAGCCAUGCAGUGUUUCAGAUUAUUCUCAGAAGGAAAGGGAAAUUGCAUGGUAAAUUUUCUCUGAUUGAUUUGGCUGGCAAUGAAAGAGGAGCAGAUACUUCUAGUGCAGAUAGGCAGACUCGACUGGAAGGGGCGGAAAUUAACAAGAGCCUUUUAGCACUCAAGGAGUGCAUUAGAGCCUUAGGCCGAAAUAAACCUCAUACGCCAUUCAGAGCAAGUAAACUUACUCAGGUGCUAAGAGAUUCAUUCAUAGGAGAAAACUCUCGUACCUGUAUGGAUCUUGCCCACACCCAGCCUACAGGCCUUUGA